AUGUGUGAGGUCUGGGCGAAGACCAAGGUGUUACGUGCUAGGAAGGCUAGCCAUGAAUCACAGUUUGCUCGAAUAUGGGAUUAUCAAGCUGAGGUUUUACAGCAGAAUCCGGACUCAGAGUUUGAGAUCGAGACGAUACCAGGGCCAGAUAUAAAAGGUCAUCUUCUAGCUGCAGUUGGAAGAGAUGGGGAUAAUAGGAUAGUUCCUAUUGCUUGGGCUGUUGUAGAAAUAGAGAAUGAUGAUAACUGGGAAUGGUUUGUGAAGAAUAUUUCUAGAAGUUUGGGACUUGAUACAAUGACAGAUAUAGCUAUCAUUUCAGAUAAACAACAGGGCCUAGUGAAAGCUAUACAUGGUGUACUUCCACAUGCUGAACAUCGACAGUGUGCUAAACAUAUUAUGGAAAACUGGAAAAGGGACAGCCAUGAUCAAGAACUUCAACGCUUGUUUUGGAGGAUAGCUAGGAGUUAUACAACUGGACAGUUCAAUGAUCGAAUGGAAGCACUCAAAAAGUACAACCCGCAAGCUUUUAUAUCUCUUCAAGAUACUAAUCCUACAACAUGGUCCAGAGCUUUCUUUAGGAUUGGUACUUGCUGCAAUGACAACCUCAACAACCUCAGUGAGUCUUUUAAUAGGACUAUUCGACAAGCAAGGAGAAAGCCUUUGUUAGAUUUGCUAGAGGAUAUUAGAAGGCAAUGCAUGGUGAGAAAUGCAAAGAGGUAUAUCAUUGCUGAAAGGUUGAAGACACGGUUCACAAAGAGAGCUCACGCUGAAAUUGAAAAGAUGAUCGCUGGGACACAAAACUGCACAAGAUACAUGGCCAGAAACAAUUUGCAUGAGGUAGACGAGAAUGAUGUUACUUACCGAGUUGAUAUGAAUAACAAUACUUGUGGUUGCAGAAAGUGGCAAAUGGUUGGAAUCCCAUGUAUUCAUGCUGCAAGUGUGAUCAUUGGAAGAAAGGAGAAAGUUGAGAACUAUGUCAGUGAGUAUUACACAAAGAAAAGGUGGAAAGAGACCUAUAAAGAUGGUAUUAAGCCUGUCCAAGGGAUGUCUUUGUGGCCUAGAUUGAAUAGGUUGCCUGUCCUGCCACCACCAUGGAGAAGAGAUGUCAAGGGCUAA